AUGCUGGGAUUUCUAAUUACUCAGAGAGGAAUAGAAGUCGACCCUAGCAAAAUUGCAGCCAUCACGGCCAUGCCAACACCCCGGAACGAGCGAGAAGUUCGAGGUUUUCUCGGGAAAAUCCAGUACAUUAGUCGCUUUAUCAGUAAACUCACUUCCACUUGCGAUCCUCUCUUCAAGCUUCUGAAGAAUGAUCAAAAAUUCGUCUGGAGUGACGCUUGUCAACACGCCUUUGAUAAGGUGAAAGCAUAUUUGCAAUCCCCUCCUAUCCUCAUGUUUCCGAGGCCAGGAGUUCCUUUGAUUCUUUAUCUCACCGUCACCGAAUCAUCCAUGGGAAGCAUGUUGGCCCAAGAGAACGAGAACAAAGAGGAGGUGGCCAUCUACUACCUCAGCAAAAGGAUGACUGGUUACUAG